AUGACACCUAAUAAAACAUUGAAAUUCAAGGGCGAAAAUUGCGUUGGAGGUAAAAUGUCAAAGGAACGAAUAACAGUUUUAGUAGAAGCUAAUAUGACCGGAAUUGUUAAACAAAAGUUGUUGGUUAUUGGAAAAUCCAAAAACCCGAGGUGCUUGAAAAAUAUCAAGAAACUUCCAUCAUUAUAUGAGUCCAAUAAACAAGCCCGGAUGACAUCAGAGAUAUUCGAAAAAAAUUUAAGGAUUUUGGAUAGACAGUUGGGAAAACGAAAGGAAAAAAAUUGUCCCGCACAUCCAAAGAUUGAUGGUCUUACUUCUUUCAAGCUUGUAUUUUUGCCACCUAAUACUUUAUCUGAGUUACAACCAAUGGAUCAGGGUAUAAUCAGAUCACUUAAAGAACACUACAGAAAGCUUCAAGUACUAAACAUCAUUCGUAACAUCGAGAAACAAGAUGGAUCACAUGUAAUGGAUUUGGUUAAUGUGGACAACAACAUUGUGACCGCAGAGUUUUUAGCCGACGAUCAAAUUAUUGAUUCUGUUCAAAAUGAAAAUGUAGACAGUAAUGAAAAUGGAGAAGAAACUGAAAUUCAAAUUCAAGUGAAAAUUGAAGAUGCACUUCAGACAGAUUGGCAACAUCGCUGCAUCACACAGAAAAUUCGUAGGAAACUCACCAUGGCUUUGAACGAUGACGGAAAGAGGAAAAUUCAGUUAUGA